AGUUAAUCACACGCAUGCGUGGUUGCAAUUUCUCGAGAAAUAAAUGGCGAGCACAACGAAGCAAGGAAAGUUAGAUGAAAAAUUGAGUGACGAUUAUAAUUCUGUCUUCAAUACAAAGGUUUCUCAAUACUUAUCACGUUACUCCAGCACAGUCUUUGCAUGUGAAACUUCAGCUGACACAAGAUAUAUCAAAUGUGACUUUCCUUGUUGUCCACAGCAUUCAGGAAACAGUGCAAAAAAUACUUGGAUAUUGAAUAGUGUGCGAAAUGUGAAGAAUUUGGAGAAACAUGUAGGACAAGAAGUUGCUAAAUUUGUGAAAGAAAAACUUGUUGAUAAUUUUGAGGAUAAAUCUCAUUUGAAAAGAAGUGAAGAAAUCCUUGCAUCUCAAAGACUUGAACUAAAUACCAGAAAGGUUCUUGUUGUCUUCAACCUUGCAGAUCCUCAGUCUUUACUUGGUGAAUGGUUGGCAUCAUUUUUGAAUGCAGCUCGCUUGCAAUAUGAUGAAGCAAGUUGUGAUGUUGAAGUCAUCACACAAUCUUUUUCUAGUAGAUAUGAACUUAUAUCUUGUAUCGUUAAAUUGGAAUUCAUAAAGCAAUACGAUAAUGUUGAUGUUAUUACAAUCUUAAGCUGCCACUCGAGUUCUCAAGGUCAGGUGUUUUCAUGUACACCCUCAGAAAUAUCUAGACGUUAUGAAUAUGAAGUUUGCUCGCUACACGAUUUUGUUCGAGUGCUUCAAGAUACUCUUGGACGAUCCUUGUCAGCUAUCCACAUUUCGUCUUGUUUUACGUUAAAACUUGACUGCUCUCAUCAGGAUUGGCCUGUUGACGUCGAAUGGUUGAAGAGAAAUCUUUGCUGUACCUUAUCUGGCAGCACAAAGGAAGUUUAUGAAACCGGAUCUCAAGUUGCAGAUCUCUUUAUAACAUUAUCCACAUUGUUGCGUACAGGGGAUAAUUGUUUGGGCGACCACCUCAAAGUUUCUAUAAAUUCAGCUAGAGUGGAAUUAUUUCCUGAUUUAGCUUUGGAGAUGGGAUUAGAAAUCUUAUCGCCCGAAGUCGUAGAGGGAAAAAUAUCAAUGCUCAAUGCUGAUGAAGGAGUAUCAGCACCAAGCCAAGUGAACUCAUCUUUACAUAUAGUUAUCAUGGUCGGUAAUGAUUGCUUAGCCGACGCUCUUGUCAAAAACCUCAAUAUUCGUAUUUUGUCUGACAUCAAAUGUCAGUAUAAUUUGAUCAAAAUCGACGAUGACGAAUUGUGUUGGCAAGAUAAACUUCGCUCGUGUGUCAUAAGCAUUGAAGGAAAAGCAUUUUUUAUUGCAUUAGGUUCUUGUUGGACGAAACUUAAUUUAGUCAAUGUAAUAAUGGAAUUACUUUCUUUGAAAAAGCCUGAUUUCUGCUACGGAAUACACUUUCAAGGUCUAAGCUCAAUGCAGGCCUAUUUUAUGAAAAUUCAGCUAAAGGACGCAAACACGUCUUUAUGUUCCACUGUUGUAACAGCUCUUAUUCAAGAUGGAAAAAGUAAUCCAAUAUGUUCGUUCCCAGUCUUACUAUACAUGAUUCAUCUCGCUAUUGGCGAGAACGGAGAACGUACUUCAGGCAGAGGUCAUAUUCCAGCUCAUUUAAAAUAUAAGAAAUACAAUGGUCCAAAUACUUCACGAUGGACUCUCGAGGAUGUGUAUAUGGAGACUGCUUAUGUUCUGUCUGGAUUAUCUCGGAAAGCUGGAUUACGCUUGCUCACUCAACCAAAAUACAGUACAGAAAGUUCAAUAGACAUGAAAAGAAAACUUUGUAAUGUUUCAACAAGUCAAACUACUGAUGAUGGGUGGGAAAUUGUAAAGAAAUUUCGUAAGGAAAGUUUAGUAGUUUUGUCUUCUAAAAAUGACAUAAACGUUUUAGAUAAAGACAACGGUGGUGCUAUGAUGGAUGUUUUCACUGAGAAAGACACCGAAGAAAAUGAAACAAGAAAUGUGAGGUUGAAUCUUUCGGUUCAUACACACACGAAAGGUAAUGAGAUGAACUGUGUAACCAUGGAAUAUUUAGGUGAUAAAGAUAUUGGCAAAAAUGAAACGGGGGAUUUGACGAUGGACCAUUCAGAAGAUAAAGUCUCAGCAGCUAAUGAAACGGGGGGUGUAACAAUGGACCAUUCAGAAGAUAAAGCCUCAGGAGCUAAUGAAACGAAGAGUGUAACAAUGGAUCUUUCAGUAGAUAAAGUCUCAGGAGCUAAUGAAACGGGGUGUAACAAUGGACCAUUCAGAAGAUUAGAUAAAGUCUCAGGAGCUAAUGAAACGAAGGGUGUAACAAUGGAUCUUUCAGUAGAUAAACUCUCAGGAGCUAAUGAAACGAAGGGUGGAACAAUGGAUCUUUCAGUAGAUAAACUCUCAGGAGCUAAUGAAACGAAGGGUGGAACAAUGGAUCUUUCAGUAGAUAAAAUCUCAGAAGCUAAUGAAACGAAGGGUGUAACAAUGGAUCUUUCAGUAGAUAAAGUCUCAGGAGCUAAUGAAACGAAGGGUGUAACAAUGGAUCUUUCAGUAGAUAAACUCUCAGGAGCUAAUGAAACGAAGGGUGUAACAAUGGAUCUUUCAGUAGAUAAAGUCUCAGAAGAUAAUGAAACGAAGAGUGUAACAAUGGAUCUUUCAGUAGAUAAAGUCUCAGGAGCUAAUGAAACGAAGGGUGGAACAAUGGAUCUUUCAGUAGAUAAAGUCUCAGAAGAUAAUGAAACGAAGGGUGUAACAAUGGAUAUUUCAGUAGAUAAAGUCUCAGGAGCUAAUGAAACGAAGGGUGUAACAAUGGAUCUUUCAGUAGAUAAAGUCUCAGGACCUAAUGAAACGAAGGGUGUAAUGAUGGAUCUUUCAGUAGAUAAACUUUCAGGAGCUAAUGAAACGAAGGGUGUAACAAUGGAUCUUUCAGUAGAUAAACUCUCAGGAGCUAAUGAAACGAAGAGUGUAACAAUGGAUCUUUCAGUAGAUAAAGUCUCAGGAGCUAAUGAAACGAAGGGUGUAACAAUGGAUCUUUCAGUAGAUAAACUCUCAGGAGCUAAUGAAACGAAGGGUGUAACAAUGGAUCUUUCAGAAGAUAAAGUCUCAGGAGCUAAUGAAACGAAGGGUGUAACAAUGGAUCUUUCAGUAGAUAAAGUCUCAGGAGCUAAUGAAACGAAGGGUGUAACAAUGGAUCUUUCAGUAGAUAAACUCUCAGGAGCUAAUGAAACGAAGGGUGUAACAAUGGAUAUUUCAGUAGAUAAAGUCUCAAGAGCUAAUGAAACGGGGGUAAAAAAUGUAGAGAAUUCGUUGUCUUUAAUUAAAGAUUGUUAUCCGUCCGAAAAGGUUGAUUUUACCCCUGAAAAAACAAACAUACGCAACUUAAGUGACACAGUCAAUGUAACUGAACAAUCAAAUUCUUCUUUAAACUUUUAUGAGCGGAAUAAUACUGACGGCAAUGAAGAUUUUUUGAUUUCAAGGUCACCCCAAACUGGUCUCGUAUGUACUUAUGAUGCAAGUUCAAACGAUCAAUCUGCAUAUACUUGUUGCAGCAAAGAAUCUUCGUCAAUUUCUCCUGACUUGAAACAGAAAGAUGUUUGCAACGCAAGUGAAACCUGUUGUAAUACCAUACGCGAAUACGAUGAUGAUUAUGUAAAUGUUCUUGACGAUGAAUCGUGUGACGAGAGCUCGUGGAACAUGAAUGAUGAUUUACCUUUGUUGGCUAAUGUUGAUGAAAUUCUAGUUACACAUUACGUAUUGGAUUUGAGUGUAGACUUCAGUAGAAAAGUAAUGAAUGGGGAUAUAACUUUAUUUUUAAAGCCAGCUUUAAAGGUGGAUACAAACAGACAGUUUCAGUUGUGUUUAGAUUGCUCUUUAGUUGAUAUUCAGUCAGUUGAAGAGAUCAAUUUAACGGAUGAAUUUAUUGUAAGACGAUAUUCAAACGAAACUGAAUGUAGCACUUAUUCAUCAGAUAUAUUUAACGUUGACAAGUACGAGAGAUCUCCUAAACCUCUUCCUUACUCUCUAUUGCCAUACGCUGUUCGAAAUUGGUGCAUUAGAAUUUGGAAACCUUGCAAUCUUGGCAAGACCUGGCCACGCUGUGUAAGAAUCAAAUAUUGUACAAGACCCGAGGGAAAAUCUCUGACGUGGUCCAUCGAUCAGAAUAACAGACCAUGUGUUUUUUCUCCUGGUGCUUAUAUCAACAAUCGUUCUUUAAUGCCAUGUCAAGAACCACCUGUUGCUAUGUCGACAUGGCAAGCUGCCAUUCAUGUUCCUAAAUCAUGUCGAGUUUUAAUGAGUGGAAAUGAGAUUUCUGCGCAGCGCAACGAGGAGGAUGAUAUCGUGACAUUCCUUUUUGAGAUGAACGUUUCAUUGCCUUGUUCUACAUUGGCUCUUGCAAUUGGUUGGUUUGAAUGUCGUGAGACGUCAACGGUCGCUUUAUCGUCUGUCAUUAAAUGUCGUUUGUUCAGUGCCGACAAACUUGUUAAUGAAGCAAGUGAAGAACUUCUUCCUCGCUGUGCCCAGUAUGUGAGCGCUGCCUGUGAAUUACUGGGGCCUUAUCCGUUCACGAGAAUGGAUCUUGUCAUACUUCCCAGAUGCUUUGCCUGCAUGGGCUUAAUGAGUCCAAACAUGGCGUUUCUUUCACAGUCUAUUUUGGCCCAAGAUGGCAGCAUGUGUACACGUGUUGCUCACGAGAUAUCUCAUUCAUGGUUUGGUUUGCAUAUUGGUGCCAAAAAUUGGUCAGAAGAAUGGUUGAGUGAGGGAUUUGCUACUUAUCUAGAGGAAAGAAUACUUUGUAAAGUGGAAGGAUGGACCAGCGACGAAGAAUUGUACUAUAUUGAGCUAUAUCAAAUUUUGAAGCAUCGAAUUUUGUUAGCCGAGUUUGAACAUGCUGAUGAAAACAUGCAACGACUUAGACCAAAGUUGCCCAGUGUUGUCACGGCUGCCGAAGCUGUCCGUAAAAGUUUAGAAAAACCAAACGAAAAGGAAGGCGAUGAUGUCCUUUCACAAACUACUGUAACAAGCAAUGGUCAAGUUUGUUCAAAGAAAUGGACACAAAUAUACUAUCUCAAGGGAUAUUUUUUGCUACAUCACAUGGCCUCUCUCGUUGGGAUAAGGAAUUUUGAUAACUUUCUUAAGGAAUAUGUCAUGGAAUAUGGUGGAAAAUUAGUUAACUCUGAGGACUUUUUUACAUAUUUUGAAACAAGAUUUACAGAGCUAAGGGAAAGCAAAAUUAAAAAUCGCCUAAUCGAAGAAUGGUUAGAAAGUCAUGGUCUUCCUUCGCAAAUGAAAAAAAGAACUAAAUCUUCAAAGAAUUUCUUGAUACGUCAAGUUGAAAAUGAAUUCAGUUUCUGGAAAAAAACAGACUCAGUUAAUAAAAGAAGAAAGACAUUACAUAUCAGAAGCAAGAAACCUCUCAAGGAUCAUUCUAAAUUGAACGAUCAAAUUCAAAUAGUUGUCCUCUUGGAGAGAUUAUUGGAGCGUGAUACCUUUGCAACAGCAACUCUUACUCAACUAGAUAAUUGUUAUCGUUUUGCUGAAAAAAAUGCCGAAGUUCGUCAUCGUUGGUGUGAACUUGUGGUCAAACACAGAUACGGACCUGGUUAUCCUGAAAUAAAAAGGUUUUUGAUUGAAGAUCAAGGAAUGGGAAUCUAUCUUUUUGGUGAAUUAUUAAUAUCGCAACUACCUCGACAAAAGCAAUUGGUUUUUGAUGUGCUCUCUAUAAUAGGAGGUGAAAUGGACCAAUGUACAUUAAAGACAGUUCAAGAUAUGAUUGAGGGAAGAGAUUAAAAUCUUUGAAAAAGGCACUCGUUUAAUGACGAGAAUGUUCCCUCGCAAGCCUUCGCAAGAUGGCUAAAACGACAAAUACACAAAUCUGGUAAAUUAAACAUGCGUGAACAAAAAAAAAACUCUACAAAAAUGGCGAAGUCUGAUGUUUAAUGUAUUUCGUUAUAAAACUUAGUGUACAAAGAUUUAUUUAUAACUGUUUUAGCGUUUCGAGAAAGGAGCUUUUUGCCGAUGGUAAACACGUGACUGUUGUAUUUUGUCUAAAACAAAAAUGUCGGGUUGGUUAAAGUAUAUAAAUUAUUCAUUCAUUCAUGUACAAAAGACAAUAAUGCAUUAUUAAUGUACACAAGAAGCAAAGACAUACUGUCUAUUGAAAAAUAUUUGGUAGAACAAAACGAUAGAUCAUAAAAACAUGCUAAAAUGCCUGAAUGUUGAGCUUACUUUGACAAGAAGGCGGUUAAAAUAAAAGCACAAUCUUUGGGAAAAUA